AUGAGCAACUGCGGCGUCAUCCACGAGGGCCACGGAGUCGUAGGAACUGUCAUCGAGAUGCCUGCCAGCUGCGGUCCCGGGAAGUAUGCCAUGGCGGUAUCUCUAGAGCCGUCCCGGAACCAGUCAGUUCCUCGCCGGCUGGAGAAUCGGGCGGAUGAGCUGGCUGACUCUCCGAUUUUCGACCUCGCCAAGUACGAGCUGGUCAGGCACACGGUCAACGAGCAGUUCCGCUGGAACAUCUGCGAUGAGUCCGUGUCCUGCAACAUCAAGGGCGUGGACACGACGGGCUACUUCAUCGCGUGGGCGGACCUCAACGUCAACAUCCAGUCGUCGGCCCUCGUGACGCUCAUCAGAAACCUGCAGGACCUCAACUCCUUCGAAGAGUCCCACGUGCUGUUCCGCGACACAUGCAGACUGAAACAAAUGGGCUGA